AUGGCAGCAGGCUACGAUCGACUGGACCAGCAUCCGCCAGUCGUCGACCAGCCCGCACGCCCACCUGUCGCACCCUUCUCGUCCUCCUCCUCGGCAGGACUCCCUUUCCCCGUCACAACGCCCGAUGCUGCGUCUCCGAACGGCUUGGUAGACCCGUUCGCAUACCCGCCAGCUGGCGCUCGGAAGUCGAAGCUCGGCGCGGCGAAAUGGAAGGGCAAGGGCCGGGCGAACGACUCGCCCUCUCCUGACGGGUCCUCCGACCAAGCAGUAGACGAUGCAGAGCCGCGAAAGAAGCUGGUGUUCUGCGUGCGGUUCACGGACGGGCAGACGGAGGACUUGGUGGACCUUUGGGUUGGCGAGAAGGAGACGGUUCGCGAGGUGAAACGACGGAUUCGGCUCCUGCGACCCGAUACUCUGACGGAAAACGGCAAACCCCGCCGCCUGCGUCUGAUCCAGCUGGGCCGCCUGCUCCCAGACGGCGUCUUCCUCCUCCCCUACACGCUACAACUCGUUUCCCGGCGGGCAAAAGCUGUCUCGCCGAAUUCUGCGGCCGACGUCGGCGUCAAGGAGGGAUUGCAGGCUGUUGGAAGGGGGAUCGGGAAGGUUGUGAGAGGCACGAUGGGCGAGCGAGCGGGAGAGGAUGAGAUGAGUCUGUUGGAGAAGGGGAAGGGGCGCGAGGACGAGCGAGGUACAGGAGAGGACGAGGUGGAGGAAGAGCAGAUCUGGUUGCAUUGUUCGGUGGGCGAGCCGAUCGAGGACGAGGAACCAACGGAGGAGAAGGACCAGACUGCGCAAAUCACCCCACUGCAAGGCUUCGACCGACUACGCGACGCUGGCUUCUCCGAGCAGGACAUCGAGAACCUCCGCGCCGAGUUCCGCGACUCCCGCCAGACUGAAGCGGACGACGAGGAGCACCAGCGCGCGCUCGAGGAGCAAUGGAUGAGCGGGAUGACCGGCCAGGAAGAAGCUGUCGCUGGCGACUCAGCCGGCACAGGGCACUAUUACUCGCUUCUCAAGGGCGUCUGCAUCGGCUUCUUCGUCCCCUUCUUGCCGCUCUUCUUCUUCCGAACCCAGAUCUUUACGCGACGAAUGCAGAUCGCCGUUAUCUUGGGUAUCGUCGUCAACCUCGGCUUUGGAAUCCUCCGCCUGCUGGGCUAG